UUUUUUUUUUUUGGACAAUGUCUACGAGUACUUUGCUGCUAGGAAAUGUGGCUGGAAAUGCGUUCAUACGGCGGAUCACGAAAGAAAGUUUCGGAAAGAGGCCUUGACGGUAUCGAAACAGCGCCUAUAGUAUACAUAAUCUUCUCUGCGUCUGUCCUGAUGGUCUUGUUUUAUUCCUUUGCCGCCAAACUAGUUAACCACUACUCUAUCCCUCCUUGAGAACCCAGUACGUGUGGAGGAAUGCAGAAUGUACCGUGUCGAAGCGUGGAUUCAGCCACUUUCGUCACUCUUGCUGGGAUUGAUUUAGCACCCGUGGCCUGGACACGCAGCUCUUGGGUCUGCCCAAGGAAAAAAGAAAGCAACAGAACUACUUGGGGCGGGUAAAUGCACAAUGGCGAAUGAUUAAGCUAGAUUCCCCACAAUCCCCUCCUGCCUUGUAAGCGCACAUAUUGAUAUGGAUUAUUCUGUACUAUUAUAGCUUGCAUCUACAUCUUCACCGUACGCCCACGAUGCCACUGCGUUCGAUUCUAAUCAUCAAUCCGAACAGCACGCGGUCUAUGACCGAUGCGCUUGUGCCGCUGGUCGACGCACUUCGGCUCAACGAGACGUCCUGCGCGUACUUUACGGCGCCGUCGGGCCCUAGGUCCAUCAACAACGAAGACGAUGCCGCCGAGAGCGCAAAGCACUGUCUGCCUGUGCUACGCGAGACGAACGCGUUCGAACAGCACGACGGCUUUCUGGUAGCUUGCUACAGCAAGCACCCACUCGUGCACCUUCUCAAGGACGAACCGGCCAUCCGGGCGAGCAACAAGCCCGUAACGGGCAUCUUUGAGUCCUCUGUCGCCACCUCCCUGCAGCUCAUCCACCCGCGAGAGAAGUUUGGCAUCGUGAGCACGGGCAAGGUGUGGGAAGAGAUCCUAACCGAUGCUGUAGAUUCUUUCCUGGGAUGCGAGGGCGGCAAAAGGUUUGCUGGCGUGGAAACGACGGGCCUGAACGCCACGGAGCUGCAUGACGCUCCGCAGGAGGAGGUCGAGCGGAGAGUGAAGGAGGCGUGCAAGAGACUGCUGGGCAAAGGCGAUGUGGGCGCCAUCUGCCUGGGAUGUGCGGGCAUGAGCGGCAUGGACGAUUGGGUGAGGAGCGCGGCGAUUGACACAUUGGGUCCGGAGCGGGGAGGGCGGGUGAGAAUCGUAGAUGGUGUCAAGGCCGGUGUUGCUUGGCUUGACGGCGCGCUCCAGCUGUGAGAGCGUCCGAAGAGAAGCAAGUUAAUUUGCAGGAAAGAAAAAUUGCUGUAGCUGAAAGAACGAACCGAUGGCUCCGCUCGAACUCGGUUCUGUUUGAACACCGCCUCAAGCCAGAGCACCACGCUCCGGCCGAUGCUCAGUCACGCUCAAAUUGGAACUUUGACGUUUCCGUCUCUACGAUCAUCGGGUUCUCAUCUGGCGUCGGCGCCUCGAAGCCAGAGCAGUACCUGUCAAGAAGUCUCUCGGAGAUGUCCAGCGCGUUGUCCGCACCCUUCGCUUCCUUUGCUCUCGUCUGGAUUCGCUGCCACAAGAACUCUUUUCGGGCCUGCAGAUACACGAGCUGAUGACGGCCACCUGCUCCAUGCCGCCUCAGCAGCUCGUAGCACCUUUCGCGAUCUUUGCGAGCCCAAAAUGAUCGAUCUAGCACAACGUCCUCUUUCUGCUUGAGCAGCUCGACGAACUUUUCCUCGAGAAGAGCCUCGGCGUCGUCCAGCAGAGCUUGGUAUUCGCGUCUGGGGUAGUCGACGCCGCAGAUGCCUCGUGCUUCGAAGACGAGCUGGUCAAUAGACAGCCUGUGAAAGCCUGGAUAUUGCUUGGUUAUAGCCUUGGCCAGCGUUGACUUGCCAGCGCCUGCUAUGCCACACAUCAUGACGACUCGGGAGCCGUCGGCCGGCGUUGUAAGGAAUUCGUGUAGUUGAUCGAGCAUCACCGACACGCUUGUCUCCAUGUCUCUGAGAUCUGACAAGGGCUAACGGUUCUGACGGUGUGUGCCCCUUUUAAAUCGCUAUGAAAUAUCCGCGCCAAAAGAAAAAAAAGUUUUUGAAUAGAUUACUUAGCCCGUCAAUGUACAUGCAAAUAUGCCGUUUUGUCCUAGAGCUGAGUCACAGCAAGGCCAAUCGGCCAAGAAGCAAGUAUGAAUCAUCAAG